AUGUCUGACAACAACCACCCCGAUGUCUCUGCACACAGUGCCGAUUAUUCACCCCGUCUAUCAAGGGCGUCUUUUUAUGAUCCUUCACCGGCCUCUGUGGUCAACGGCGCUGCCGUUACCGGAGUUGCCACCGCGACCAACGUCUCAACCACCAGCGACCCAACCACCGACAACUCGGCCACUGGUGCUCUCAGCAACCCAGACCAAGGCCCCUUUGAUUCAGGUACUGCCGGCCCCUCUCCGAGUCAUAGAUCACUCGGUGCCCGUCCGUCGUUCGUCCGUCAUUGUCCCUCGUCCACGAACUGUGGCGCGUACACGAAGAAGACCGGCAAGCAGCUCGUACUUCUUCUCAUCGACAGGUAA